AUCUUGACAUUAAGCAAGGGCAAACAGACAAGAAAGGGGUGGAGAAGAGUAGCCUACAACUUUGAAGCCAUCAUUUGGAUCAGCUCACAUUCAAAUACUUGCAAAGGUCUGAGCAAGAAAAGGACUUUUAGUGGCAACAUCCCUACGAAAAGAGUUUGGCAUAGAAAGGUAGGACAACUAAAGGGUUGAGAAGAGACUCUGUGAGGUGUGAAGAAAUUUUACAAUGUCUUCAUUUGAGGCCCAGGGCCAGUCUCCUCCUCGGUGUGGCCCACAGUUCCCGAGCCUCGGCCAGGAGCCCCCUGAGCUCAGCAUGUACAGUGACUGUUACUACCCUCCUCCCUCACUGCCGAGUCCUCAGCGCACUACGCCGACCUCCUACGACCUGAGCGACUACACCACCUCCUCUUCAAACCCUUACCUCUGGUUCAACGGCUCCGGCAUCAACACACCGCCGUACCUGGCUACUACCGGUCCGCCUGGCAACCCCGGCCCUCCUUUCGUCCCUCAGCACUACGGCAUGCAGAGGCCUUACCUGGGUCCUGCUGGAGCUGGGGGUCCAGGAGGAGAGCUGAGCUGGUUCUCUCUACCCUCACAAGAAGACCUGAUGAAGCUGGUCAGGCCACCUUACUCCUACUCCGCUCUCAUUGCCAUGGCUAUCCACGGAGCGCCAGACAGGAGACUGACCUUGAGUCAGAUUUACCAGUACGUCGCUGACAAUUUCCCUUUCUACAACAAGAGUAAAGCAGGCUGGCAGAAUUCAAUCAGACACAACCUUUCACUCAACGACUGCUUCAAAAAAGUACCAAGAGAUGAGGAUGAUCCAGGCAAGGGCAACUACUGGACACUUGACCCAAACUGUGAAAAGAUGUUUGACAACGGAAACUUCCGCCGGAAAAGAAAGAGAAAGUCUGAUCACCUCACCGGUGGUGAUGGCGGCUCAGGGGCUCCAGAGUCAGGUGACAGCGAGAGGGGCAGCCCCAAACACUCUGGCAACACUGACCUUAACAUCUCCCCCACAGCGGACAGGAUCCCCUCCCCUUCAUCGUCAGGUCCCGCACCUUGUCUAAGCAGCUUCUUAUCCGAGAUGUCUGGUGUGACUGCCGGAGCAGCCGGUGAGGUGGGAGGCGAUGGGUUAAGCAGGCCCCUGCAUAUCAACCUUCCUUUAGAUGGGCCUCAUAGACCCACUCAACCCGGAAGCUUUAGUAGCUACUCCCCCAACUCAGGUGGCCCAGAGUGGGUACCGCAAGUGCCUGGUCCCCCUGUGCUCUCUUCAUCACCCACCCACUCUUCCCUAGGCUACACUAGCCCCAUCCUCAGCCAGUACAGUGGGUCUAGUGGGCAUUUCUACCCCACACUGGGCUCGACAGGAAUCAUCUAUCAUCGUGAGGGCACAGAGGUUUAGUAAGACAUUAAGAUGGGAAAGAUUUGGUUUGAAAAGACUCUUGGCAGGAAAUUUUACAUGUCUGAUCUCUUUUGUUGUAGAGAGGUUCUGUUGUGAAAGACAAUACACGCAUACACAUACACACAAAGUAUGUUUGCGCUGACUGAGACGGUUGAGAUCACUAUAGCGUGACAGCAGAGUAAGAAGGCUUUGAUUCCCACAGGAACAGCUGAGUCAGCUGCAAAGAGCUACGAGUGUGACUCCAUGAAACCACAGUCAGCCUCAUUAUCAGAUCCUCAGUCAGCUUUUAUUCUAACUAAAGCUAGUCUCUAUCAGAUCUGACUCAUUAUUAACAGAUCCUAGAUCUGAUCUGCUGACAUCAGGCCAUUCCACACCACGCUAUCUGUGAUUCUUUGAUGGUAUCACCCAUACAGCGCUCAGACAGCACAUUUAGAGGAGUAGUUAAAUUACGCCAUUGUCUACAUAGUGUGUGUGUAGACACAGCUCUAAAAGAAUCAACAAAAGAUAAAAGGUAGACUUUCUGCCUUUUUCAUAGAAUUAAAACUAAACAAUCUGAUGAACUUACAGUCUUGGAGUCUGAUACUCAAGUGAUAAUUGUACUUUGUAAAUAUGUCAAUGUGUUGUGUAAUGUUAUACAUUUAUAUUGUUGGUUUGUUGGCUGUUAUUGUGCAAAGUGGGUUUCUAAUGUAUGGUAUAUAUUAUGUAUGUUGUGUUUUUGAUAUGAAUAAAAGGUUUUAGAGUUCUAAAA